GCUGUUCAACCCUCCCCCUCGUCCUGGGACACAGCAUUACAACCGUGUCCAGUCCACCACGCGCGUCUAGUUCUACCACACAAUCGUCGCUUCCAAUUGGCUUCUUUGUUGAGUUUUGUUGUUGAGACCGGCAAAAAGACAAGGAGGAACGGUUAACACUUUGCUUGAACAAAACCCAAACAUCCGCCACGCACCCAAGUGACAUCUUCUCAUCACCACUAUCGUCGUCGUCCACCGAAUCGAACCGUCGUUCUCUCAAUCAAGGUCCCCUCCCGCCGCCAUCGCUUGCUGCAGCCUACCAAGACAAAAGCCAGAUACCCCCGAAUCCUCAAAUUUACCGAGCUGGUUUCCAACCAACUUCACGUGCUGCUAUUCUGCUGCCAUCGAUUCGUUGCUGUCGACAACUCCGUUCGCUAUCGUCACAAUCGUCAUCAUUGUGAGAAAUACUCCAGCAGCAAGGUCAGGCCCGCCGGCAAAAGAAGCCAAGUACACUCCAAUUACUCCACCGAAGUCGGUCACUUCACCCGAGUAACCGGUGACAGCAGCACCAUCUCCGCCUCGGCUUACUCAGGCUCUCCCACCUCCAAAAGCCCCCUUUUCCCCCUCAACUUUGCGAAGAAGCACCCGAAUCCCUUGGUCAGGGCCCCAGUAAUCCGACAACAUUCAAUCAGCCAUGUCCGCCGCCGUCGCCUCCGUCCCGGCCCCAGCGCCGAAGAAGCUGGAAAAGAAGCCCAUCAAGUUCUCCAACUUGCUUCUGGGUGCCGGUCUCAACCUCUUCGAGGUCACCACGCUCGGCCAACCCUUGGAGGUCAUCAAGACCACCAUGGCUGCCAACCGCAACGAUGGCUUUACCUCUGCCCUUCGCCGCAUCUGGAACCGUGGUGGUAUCUUUGGCUGUAAGUGAUGAUAUGAAGCUCCCCGGACGACCGGAGAUCAGCAUCAUCUACCAGGGUCUUAUCCCAUGGGCCUGGAUUGAGGGCUCCACCAAGGGUGCCGUGCUUCUCUUCGUUGCCUCGGAGGCCGAAUAUCAUGCUCGUGCCGCCGGCGCCGGUGACUUCGUUGCCGGUAUCACCGGUGGUAUCGUUGGCGGUGUUGCGCAGGCGUAUGCCACCAUGGGCUUCUGCACCUGUAUGAAGACGGUCGAGAUUACCAAGCACAAGAUGAGCGCCGCCGGCCAGAAGGCCCCCGGCACUUGGGCUACCUUCAUGGACAUCUACCGCCGCGAGGGUAUCCGCGGUAUCAACAAGGGCGUCAACGCCGUUGCCAUUCGCCAGAUGACCAACUGGGGUUCCCGUUUCGGUCUCUCCCGCCUUGCUGAGCAGGGUAUCCGCAAGGCCACUGGCAAGGAGGAGGGACAGAAGCUGGCCGCGUGGGAGAAGAUUCUCGCCUCCGCCCUUGGUGGUGGUCUUUCUGCUUGGAACCAGCCCAUCGAGGUCAUCCGCGUCGAGAUGCAGAGCAAGAAGGAGGACCCCAACCGCCCCAAGAAGAUGACUGUUGGCAACACCUUCAGGUACAUCUACCAGACCAACGGCAUCAAGGGCCUGUACCGCGGUGUCACCCCCCGCAUUGGUCUUAGUAUUUGGCAGACCGUCUGCAUGGUUGCUUUCGGCGAUAUGGCCAAGACCUACGUCGAGAAGUUGACCGGCGAUGCCGUCACCGCGAAGCACUAAACGCAUAAUUAACGCCGGCGCUGAUCGAGAUCUCGUUAUUUGUCUUUUCUUUUUUCUUUUUGUUUUAUGUUUCUAUCUUCACCAAAUAUUCGGUUGAUCGGUCGGGUUGGGUUGGUCGGUAGGUUCAGGAGGAUGGAUGGAUGGGAUGGGUUCUGUCCUCAUGCGACAUCUUCAUAGAGAAAUUUUUCUGUUACCAAGGAAACGGAAAUAGGCGUGGUUUGGUGCGGUGUGGGUCAUUUGUUUGGUUUUGGGGAACGGUCUCACGCGCAGGUCCUCCUUCUCCAACUGGUACAUCCAAGGUCUCAGGUAUUCCAGGACUGAACUUCGUUGUUGUUCUUGGUCAUGUCUCUUAUUUCACGCCUUAACGAUUUUGAUGAGAUGGGCAGAAACGGAUGCCAGGUGUCGAUGCCAGGUGUCGAUGCCAGAUAUCGAUGCCAGGUGUCGAUGCCAGGAGUCGAUCUACAUUAACAGAUGAUUCAGUCGGUGAUAAUCGGUGGCUUAUGUAGUAGAAGGCGAUAUAAAUACACAACGUGAUGUAUCAUCAAGCGUUUCGGUUACGUGCGA